AUACAACAGAUAAGAUAUCCCUGGAACCAUCCAAACAGAUGAGGCAAGAGCUGAAGGAACCCCUGCAGACAAGAGAAGAGAUGGACAUAGAGCUUCAGUGGAAGGUGGCAAUUCCUGAAGGAAGCACUCCAUCUUCAAUGCGAGCCCCAGCUGCAGGAAGGAAGGCAAAGCCAGACACGGGCACAGGCACAGCAGACUGGGAUGCUGGGAAGGAUUCUCCAUUAGCCUGGCGCUCUGAAGUUGUGAAGCCCUCCGAGCAUUCUGCAGCCGUGUCUGCAGGGACAACUCCACCAACUCCUACCUUGGAUGCUGCACAUAAGCCCAGCUCCCAUGGCAGGGGUCCUCCACCAGAAGAGACCAAAGACAUGGCAGACAAGAAAUUCCUGGACCCAUUAGAAAUCAUGUGGCAAAUGCUGAAGGAACGUCUGCAGAGAAGGCAAGAAAUCAAAGGAGAGCCUGCGGAGAAAGAAGCAUUUCCCGGAGGAAGCAGGGGCUCCAUGGCAGCCUCUGCUACAGGAAGGGAGGCCAUGCCAGGCACAGGCACAGGAGAUGAGGCUGGGAAGGCUUCUCCAUCAGCUUGGAUGAAUAAAGUUUUGAAGCCCUUGGAGCCUCCUGCAGAUGUGUCUACAGGGAGGACUUCUCCAGCUUCUCCAGCUCCUACCUUGGAUGCUAUACGCAAGCCCAGCUCGCAUCACAGUGUUACUCUAACAGGGAAAAUCCAAGAUACAACAGAUAAGAUGUCCCUGCAACCAUCCAAACAGAUGAGGAAAGAGCUGAAGGAACCCCUGCAGACAAGAGAAGAGAUGGACAUAGUGCUUCAGUGGAAGGUGGCAUUUCUUAAAGGAAGCACUCCAUCUUCGGUGCCGGCCCCUGCUGCAGGAAAGCAGGCAAAGCCAGACACGGGCACAGGCACAGCAGACUGGGAGGCUGGGAAGGAUUCUCCAUUAGCCUGGCGCUCUGAAGUUGUGAAACCCUCCGAGCAUUCUUCAGAUAUAUCUGGAGCAACGACUGCACCAACUCCUACCUUGGAUGCUGCACAAAAGCCCAGCUCCCAUGGCAGGGGUCCUCUGACAGGAGAGACCAAAGACAUGGCAGGCAAGAAAUUCCAGGACCCAUUAGAAAUCAUGUGGCAAAUGCUGAAGGAAUGUCUGCAGAGAAGACAAGAAAUGAACAGAGAACCUGUGCAGAAAGAAGCAUUUCCCGGAGGAAGCAGUGGUUCCAUGCCAGCCUCUGCUGCAGGAAGGGAGGCCAUGCCAGGCACAGGCACAGGAGACUGGAAUCGUGACAUGGGUUUUCAGGAAGUCCUGAUGAAGGAUGGUUUGAAGUUCCUGGAGGAUGCUGGAGGCAAGUUUUCAUUCUGCCCUUCCUGA